UAGACCGUAUCCGUAUUGUUUAUUUUUAUACAAAAGAAUCUGAAAAUUGUAAAUCUAGUAAGUUGUUUUUUAAUAAUUAUAAAUGAUUAAUAUUAGGAUUUGGUACUAUCAAGAUGAAACCUGUAUUAACUAACAUAAAUAUUUAGUAUUCAUCAUAAUAUUGAAGCACAAAAAUGUCAAAUCAUGUCAAGACCCCGGCGAUGGUUCUUCAAGAGCUGGCAAUAAAGAAAGGCUUUCAAUCACCACAUUAUGAAAUUACUCAUAGUGUCACGGGAACUCAUAACAAUAGAUUCGAUUAUAGAGUAAGAGUAGCCGGAGUGGAAGCAACUGGUACUGGUUGCUCAAAGCAGAUUAGUAAACAUGAUGCUGCAUACAAUGCAUUAAAGCUGUUAGAAGAGGACGGCAUUUAUGAUCCAAAAGAAAUUCCCAUGAGGGAGUUUAAGGCAUCUAUUAUACAAAAACAGUGUGAAUUAGAUGCUGGUGCAGCUAUACCUUCAUCUGUUAACUUCGUAGCUCCUUUAAAAGACAUUUGUGCUGAAAAGAAAAUUCAAGAUCCAGUGUUUAAGGAACUAUCAGAUGUUGGUCCGCCACACUGUAGAGAAUUCACUUAUGAAUGUGGCAUAGGUUCUGUCAAAACUGUUGCGACUAGCACAACAAAAAAGAUGGCGAAACAAUUAGCAGCAAGAGAAAUGCUGGAAAAGUUAAACGAUAUUCUACAGGAUUUAUUAUUAGAGUGUCCUCGUGAGGAAGAGGAAUUUGAACAGUUACCAUCUACUAUCAGAGAUCGAAUGUGUGCAGAAUCAGCACUGAAUCAAAAAAUUCUCCAUCGUUACAAUAAGUUAUUCGGACAAGUUAUACCGAAUAAAAAAGGAAAACUAAAGGAUUUCUCAACUUGUUUCCGUGAGUUGCUGAACAAAUUUGAAAAAACCAGAGACGAUUUUGUCGAAGAUCUCUGUGAGAAGACAGAAGAAUCUCUAGUCAGAAUUUUAGACAAAAUGGAACUACAACAUGAUGUAAUUGCUGUACAAGAAGGAAUUCCAAUAAUUGUUUGUUUAUGUAUCAAUACUGAUGUAUCAUUGACUACAUCAGGUGUUGGUCAAACUUUCAAAGAGGCCAAAGAAGAAGCGCUCGAGACUGCAUUCAUGAUGCUUGACAUGUAUAUUGAAUAGUUUUCAAAUAAAAAUUAAAAAAUGUAUAAUACAUUGUAAUAAUUGUAUUUUUGUUACAAUAUAUAUUCUUCUACAA